AUGUCUGCUUCCCAAACCCUAAUUCGCAACUUCUCCUCCUCCUCCUCUCGCCUCUUUAAAUCCGCCGUUGGUGGCUUCAACCAGUUACCAUGUCGAAACUGCCAGUGGUUCUCCUCGGUCCCAGAUUUCUCCCCGCCCUUCCCUGCCGAUGCCGACUCCUCGUCUCAGGUGGAGGCCUUGGUCGUUAGGGUUAUUGAAGAUGCGGUGCACGGAGUGAUUGUUAGCCGAUCUACUCCUACUUGGUUGCCUUUGGUUCCCGGUGCUUCCUAUUGGGUCCCUCCCAAGCGCCGUGACUAUGGAGUUGCUCAGCUCCUCCGCAGCCUCCGCAACGCCCAUCUUCACGAUGUUCACCAUGACCACCUCUUCUCCCUUAUCACUUCCCGCCGCUCCUGGCCUUCCUCUGAUUUCUACCUCCGCCAAUCCACCUCCGACUCUCCUGAUGAAAGUGAAGCUGAAGCAGAAGAGGAGUUAUCUUCAGAAGACCUGGAAUGUUGA